UUCAGCCAAUCAUAGCCCUCCGCGUCACGUGUUGUUUUGAAGGAGGUUUCUGGGAUGUUUUGGAUGUGAUCUCACCACGUGGAGGCACAAGGUAGGUUUGCAACUUCGUAACGUCUUUCACACCUGAAGCAACUUUCCCGUCUGUGGUGUUUAAGUCGCACAAAUCGACCCAGUGUUGUGAGAGAUGUCAGCGGGAGGUCAAGCCACCAGGAGCCAGGAUAUACCGGCCGUAAGACGGGUCACCAUCCACGAUGCUGCCCACAUGCCCCAGGACUACUCCACGACCCCUGGCGGGACUCUGUUCAGCACUACGCCAGGAGGUACCCGAAUCAUCUACGACAGGAAGUUCCUUCUGCAGUGUCGGACGUCUCCUCUCGCCCGCACGCCUCCGACUCUGCCAGACAUCCCAGGAGUCACCAGGCCGCUUAAACCCAACUCCAACGACAAAUGCCAGCCCGAACAGACACCCAGCAACAACAGCGACCACAGCCUGCACACAGAAGAGAGCGCAGAUUCCCAGUUUGAAAUGGACAUCUGAAGAGAGUCAGCUGCGAGGAUGAAAGUGAUGCCCAACAUAUUCAUUUCUUUUUUGUUUACUGAGAUAAUAAAAGAUAUUCUCUGUAUAUUAUGAGAAGCAUAGUCUUACUGA